AUGAAAUUCUCCACCACUUUAUUAGCUUUAACCGCCUCAAUUGCUGCUGUUAUGUCUGCUGAUUCAUCAGCUGCUGCCUCUGGUGCUGCCUCGGCUGCUUCUGGUGCCAAAUCUGGUGCUACCUCAGCUGCUUCUGGUGCCAAAUCCGGUGCUUCGUCAGUUGCCUCUGCCGCUAAAUCUGGUGUUUCUUCAGCUGCCUCAGCUGCUAAAUCUGGUGCUUCAUCUGCUACCGGUGGUUCAUCUGCUGCCAAAUCUGGCUCAUCAAGUGGUGCCGGUUUUGCUCCUGUCGCUGGUGCUGGUAGCUUGGCAGCCAUUGCUGGUCUUUUGUUGUUGUAA